GAGGCAUCUUUUAGUCCUCAUUUGUGUUUUCACCUGACCGCUAUAAUCGUUGUCACAUUCUCUCGGGAUCGGGUUACGGAUCGGUGGUGUCCGGGGCUGUCUGAGUGUACUUUACUUUCGCUUUAUCGGUGCGUUACUCUGUGCGCGAGUGAAUUUUAUGAACUGUGUGCGCAAAUGCCAAGACCCCUGACGAGGGCGAGCAAAAUCUAAGGACACGCAAGGACACACGAGGAAGUGCGUUAGUUUUCAAGGAGGUGCUCAUCAAGUGCUGCAGUUAAUUGCAUACAGAUUUCAGACAGUGACCGGUUGAGGAGGCGAGAAAAAUGAUUUUUCGCUUUCUGGCAAUUGCCUCGCUGCUAGCUGUCUGCCAUGCAGACAUUCCGUUGCUGGAACUCGGAUUAGACUCGCAAGCUCAGCAAUUGAAAAAUGUGCUCGAACCAAGUGGGUCAGAAAACGUUUUCACUGGGUACUCGAAUGACAAACCAAUCGUACCAUUCCCCGAGCCAACAAACGAAUGCGUAGGAGGACCGGAUGUGUGUGGCUACACUUACACGACGCCAACCUGCCCAUGGGAAGUGCGCACGGAGUACAAGACAUUAACAGAAACCGAAACCAAAGUACAGACAGAGAUUUCGACGGCUGUUCAGCAACAAACUGUUACGCAGACGAUUCCAACCACCGUUACCGAAACUACCACGAGUGUAACUCGAUUGUGUAACGAAUAUCUUCCACCAGCAGAUCCGGUUACCACAACAGUAAAUCUGCCUCCUAUUACCAAAACAAUUACAUCACGUGGACCACCGAUUGAGACGACACGAACGAUAACUCCAACAACUACGGUGGUUAUUAGUCAAACGCCUUUCGUGACGAACACACGCACUGUGACUCCAACAAUUACCAGCGUUUUCACCGCUGAAAGCACAUCUGUCACUCGGACGAUCACACCAACAUCGACCUUCCUGAGCUAUUUGCCGUCGGUAUCCAUUACAAGAACAAUCACACCUACUUUCACUAAUUUGGAAUAUUUGGAUUCGGUAACAAUCACAAGAACGGUUACUCCCACAUCAACCUAUCUCGAGUACCUACCAUCGGUGACUGUUAAUCGUACGGUCGUCCCAACUUCCACGAGUUUGUUCUAUCUACCGUCGGUAACCGUAAAUAGAACCGUAACUCCAACCAGCACAAACCUUUUCUACGAGGCUGCAGCCACCGUCAACCGCACGGUGACACCAACUUCAACCAACUUGUUCUACGUUGCCUCGGUUACGGUCAAUCGCACUGUUACGCCAACCUCGACCAGACUAUCGUAUCUGGACUCGGUGACCGUGGACCGCACCGUUACGCCCACGUCGACUGUGCUGAUCACACUCGACUCCACCAACACUCUGACCCGGACCCUUACGCCAACCUUCGUCGUGCAAGAAACGGCUAACACUCAAACAGUUACCAGGACCAUCACACCUUCGUUUGUCGUGCAAACAUCCGUCCCAACGACCACCAUCACGAGAACAUUCACCCCGACCAAUGUGAUCACAACAACGGCCCCAACCACCAGUACCAUCAUCCGCACCGUUACUCCCAAAGCCACCAGUACAACAACCAUCACUGCCGGUGUCUCAACGGUCACCGUUCGGGACACUAAAACGAUCACCACUACUCCAGUGCUUACAUCCACGCCCACAAUCUACUCAACUGUCACACUGCCCGCCAGUACUCAAUCGAUCUGUAAACCUGCCAAUACAUACCUGCCGGACGAGGAAACCCCAACCAUAACCCGAACUCGCACCGAAACCGUCACCGAACGUUUGACGGAAACCGUGGUUGCGUGUACGCCCACUAAUGCCUACCUCCCGGUACAACAAACAGCCUCCGUGAAUCGAAACUUCCUCGCACCGGAACCGGAUCGAUACAAUUUGAUUUGAAAUUAACUUAUUAGCUUUUUGUCGAUGUCGUAUGAACAAGAAAUAAUACUCUGUCCUGUCGUAGAAAUGAGAUAUGCCAGAAGCGUAGCUUCUCUUUGCCUCCGUCCGCAAGCUGGACCUUCGAGGGUCCACAUUUCCUUACUUACAAACGAGAGAAAAGAAAACAAUCAAAUACUCAACAUCUCACUGUUGAUACAAAGUUCAACGCUGUGUUCUAGCAAUUGUUAGCAAUAGUUGUAGUUUUUUAUUCAUUUUAGUGUAAAUAAUAACGAUGGGAGUUGUUUGAAGCAAAGUGCCGUUUGUUUAAGCGUUGUGAUGUAAUGAACAUAUUUCUUAUAACACAACUAAACCGUCGUCGUCCAAGUAGUGUAAGAACAGUUGCUUCCGAAUUACGAAAUAAAACUAGCGGUAAUGUAACCCAAAAUGUGUUCAAAAUGAUGGCACCUAAAAUAAAGACUUCGUGGUUGUGUUUUUGAAUCCAUUUGUGGAACAAUGAACAA